CCUUUCAUUAUAUUGACGCAGCUCGAACGAGAGUCGACGUAUAACCUCACUUAAUUGAAAAUCGAAAUCAUGUUCAUGCAGAAAGUGGAUCGGAAUGCUAUUUACACGGUGCUCUUCCGCUCGGGAGUCAUGUUUGCUGAGCGCGCGCUGCAGAAGAUGCACCCGGAGGAGGAGCUGAAGCACUUGACCAAUCUGCAGGUGAUCAAGACGCUGCAGUCGCUGAAGUCGCGCGGCUACGUCUCGGAGCAGUCCGCCUGGCGCCACUAUUACUGGUGCUUGAACAACGAGGGCAUCGAGUACCUCAGGGGCUACCUGCACAUGCCCACUGAGGUGGUGCCCACCACUCUGCAGCGCCGCAACGAGCCCGUGCGCAUGUCGCGCGCCUCUGAAGAUCCUCGCUCCCGUGGACCGCGUGAUGGCAAGGAGCGCGAUCGCGACGAUCGCACCAUGUACCGUCGCACCGAGCGUCCCAACGACUCCGACAAAACGGGCAAUGUGGGAGCUGGCACCGCCUCGGUCGAGUUCCGCGGUGGCUUCGGACGAGGUAGAAAGUAAAGUAAAAUUACUUUUUUUUUAAAUUGCAAAUAAAGCAAUUACUAUUUAAUUUUGUGAGCUGACUAGUGGAACUCCAAGUAGUCAGACGCCCAGCUUGUAAGGCCACCUUCCUGUUGUAACA